UACUCGCCUCAAUGCAUUUGUUGCAUGUGAUGCUGCUGACGUAUUAGAUGAAGUUUAGAUUUGACAACACUGGAUAUGAUACAAGUGUUAUCAGAAUUUGUGGAACAGUGUAAGUUAUUGAGUGUGAGUCAGUACAAAGCCAGUUUUCCAGUAUGCUUCAUUGAGUGCUACGCAUUGAACGCAUCGAAUACGCACCAAUAACGCACUCUUGUUUAAUACAUUUUUGACAGUUUCUCUGUUUCUUUACGAGUGUUCUAUCAGCUUUUAUUCUUGAUUUACAAGUAUUAAUCGAAAUUAUACAAAAUGUCUCUCUAUCCAACUCUCGAAGAUAUGAAGGUGGACCAUAUGAUGAAAGCUCAAAUGCAGGCGGAAUCCCAAUAUUUUACUCCACAACCAUUUGUAUUACCUGAACCUAUGGCACCUUCUGCUCCUGCUUAUGAUUCUUCUCCAUCUGGCCCUAUAUAUCCUUCUUUAGGAGAUUAUAUGGGCUUGGAUCUAAGCAACAAGAUGAUUGAAAACAAUUUGCCUGAAUAUACUGUUUCUACCAAAGCAAAUAUGGCAGUGAGUACACCUGCAGAAACAUCUAGAUCAUUAAGCAAUAUGGUAGCACCACUUUCUGGACAAUCUUUGGGUCUCCAACGAGCACAUGUUACAAAUGGAAUUAGAGAGCUAACAUUAUGUAAAGAUAAAAAUGGAAAAGUGGGCCUAAGAGUACAUUCUGUAAAUAAUGGUAUCUUUGUAUGUCUUGUGAGUCAAGAAUCUCCGGCUGCACUUGUUGGGUUACGUUUUGGUGAUCAAAUUCUAAGUGUUAAUGAUGAAUGCGUAGCUGGAUAUACAAUGGAUCAAGUGCAUAAACUGUUUCGUAAUGCUGAUGUUAAUGGCAUUAAAGUUGUUGUUCGUGAUAGACCAUUUGAACGUACUGUUACUAUGCACAAGGACAGUUCUGGUUGCAUUGGAUUUCAAUUUAAAAAUGGAAAAAUAAUUGCAUUGGUAAAAGAUUCUUCAGCUGCACGAAAUGGAUUAUUAAUUGAUCAUCAAAUACUAGAAAUUAAUGGCAAGAAUGUAGUUGGAUUGAAAGAUAAACAAGUAACAACAGAAAUAGAAAAUGGUGGAAAUAUUAUAACAGUUACUGUAAUUCCAUCAUAUAUUUAUGAUCAUAUGGUUAAAAAGAUGUCAACUAGUUUAUUAAAAACAUUAAUGGACCAUUCUGUACCAGAUGUAUGAAGAAUUACAAAUUUCAAAUUAAGAAAUCUACUUUUUGGUUACAUACUAUAUUUUAUAAUGAGGAGCUACAUAUGCCAAGAUAAUCUUAAUAUGUUACUAUUAUAACAUGUAUGAUAAGUAUUCUAUAGAUAUUUCAUUAUUGCACAAAAUUUUAUUGUUAUAAAGUACUGAUGCAGCAACACACAUAAUAUAUCAGUUCUUAUUAAAAUAUGCAUGAUAUAUUGAUCGAAAUACAAGAAAAAAAAAAACAAAGAAUAAUUAACAGUGCACAUAAAAAUUUCUAUGUUUUUUCAUCGUGUGAUCAUAGUAUUUUAUUUUAAUAUGUAUGCACAAUGUAAGAAAAUAUCUUUUUUAUUUGUAUUUCGUUUCGUUACUGUUGAUUAAUUGGAUUAUUUUAUUACGUAUUUAUUGUUUACAUAAUGUUUAUGAUGUGAAAAAUAUAAUAACAAUAAGGAUUGCUAUAUACAUUUAUAUUUGGAAAUGUAGAUGGUAUAUACAUAUAUAUAAUGUAUUCAUUUAUGUCAAUCAAUAGUAUUUUUCGAUAGAAGGCUGUGUUAUUCUACAGAAACAAAAUUCGUAGAAAAGAUUUAAAAAAGAAAAAUAUUAUAAUUUAAAUUGGAUUAGUGCUUAAUAUAACUACAUAUGUAUAUGCAUAUACAAAGAUGCUCAUGUUAUUCUAUAACCGUUGCAUGAGAGACCCUAAGUAAUUAAUAAUUAAUAAUAUCUAGGUGAGAAUAUACUUAUUUUUUUUACAAUACCUUUCUUUAUUGCCAAUGUUAGUAUGGUGUUAUUUCUAUUAUACAUAUAUUUGUUAAAUACACCUAAUAGAAACAUGUCACAUAUACAGUGUAUUAGGAUAUUGU